CGGCUGCAUGCCGAACGGGAAACCCGGAGGGAAUCGAGGGGAGACGCGCGUCUCGUCGGAUCGUCCGAACGCGGGCGCUUGGGCACCGCGUGGCAGCUGCCCGGAAGGAGACCUAAUACCAUUCAUGUGUGACAGCAAAAAUCUGAAAAGCCUCCUCAAAUUGUCUUUCAAGGAUCAUCUUACCAGAGAAGGAAAAACAGUCAUUGCUCAAAAACAUGGACCAGGGUGGAGAUCAGAAAAUGGAUCCUGAAAGAACUUGUCAGAAUUUCAGUGAUUUGGUUAUGGAUUUACAAGCAGCUGGCACACCUGAAGCAGCUAGUUUUUCCCAUAUUCAUCGAGACUUCUAUAUAGAUGAGUUUGAAUCACCUACCAGUAAGCACUGUAAACAUGACCUUUUUCCUAGAUGGCAUUUACCAGUGAAGACGGCGCUGAUACUAUCAGUGUUAACUUUUAUGUACACUUUCCUCAGAGAUGUCAUUCAUCCUCUUGUAACUGCCCAAGAAAAUGUAUUUCAUAAAAUUCCAAUUCUGGUCAUAAACAAAGUCUUACCUGUAGUUUCAAUUACCCUUUUGGCCUUGGUUUAUUUACCGGGAAUAUUGGCUGCAGCUUUCCAGUUCUAUUACAGAACCAAAUAUAGACGUUUUCCACAGUGGCUGGAUAGAUGGAUGUUAUCAAGGAAACAGUUUGGCCUUCUCAGCUUCUUCUUUGCCUCAAUGCAUGCCUGCUACAGCUUGUGCUAUCCCAUGAGGAGAUCUUACAGAUACAAACUCUUGAACUGGGCAUAUCAGCAGGUGAAGCAGAAAAAGGAGAAUGCCUGGAUUGAGCACGAUGUCUGGAGAAUGGAGAUUUAUGUGUCUCUGGGAAUUCUAGGACUUGCUAUACUGGCUGUAUUGGCAGUAACAUCAAUUCCAUCUGUCAGUCACUCAUUGACUUGGAGAGAGUUUCAUUAUAUUCAGAGCAAGAUGGGAUACUUAGCUUUGCUGCUGUGCACCGUUCACGCAGCAGUGUUUGCAUGGAAUAAGUGGAUCGACGUAGGCCAAUUUUUGUGGUAUACACCCCCUACAUUUAUGAUAGCAGUUAUUCUUCCAGUUGUGGUUUUGGCUUGUAAAGUUAUCCUGCUUUUCCCGUGCCUGAAGAGGAGACUUCAGAAGAUCAGAUCCGGCUUUGAUGCUAACGCUGUGAGAAAUACAUCACAAAUGGCGUCCAGACUUUAGAUUUAAAUGUGCAAAAACCUUUCUGCCAAGAGGCAUUUUCUGCCAAGCCUUAAAAAUAGUGAGGUUUGUAACUAGUGUUACAAAGCUAUGCAUAGACCAGAGACAGCCAAAAAAGUGCAGACCACAGGGCUUCACAAACUCCUAAGUCUUUCCUGUUAAUAUUUUGCUCCGAAAGUUCCCUUGUGCCUUCCAAGUAGCACGAGGGCAGGCUUACCGUAUUGUGGAGCACCCCCCUAGCCUCCUCACAAACACACAUACAUAAUUAGUUAAUUUUUAAGAUUGCCAGUAGAGACAAAAAACUAAAGUUGUGUGGCACAGUGGGAAAAGUCAAUCUAUUCAUGCUGUAUCAAGGAAGAAUACAUUUGUGUCUUUCAGUAGAAGUUUUCAUGUGCAGAUGAUAUAUGUGUCAGUAUCGCACGCACGAACGUCUCAUGUAAUUGAUGACAUCGAAAUGUUGGUUGGGGGACCAUAGGCUUAACCAUAUGCCUUUUAUCAAAGCCAUAGUCUUAUCCACGUUAGAUCUAAAACCAUGGAAUGUGAUAAACUAACCAGUGCCUAAAACCUAAAAGGCAAAGAGCUGUUUGGCUUAAAACCACCUGUUUUCAGUACAGGAGAGAGAUCCAUCUGUACAUUGUUUUACACACACCAAUCAUCUCUCUGAAGGGAUAUGUACUGAUUAUAUCAGGGCAGGGUAGAAUGCAUUUUGUGGGAUUUUGAUUUUUUUUUUUAAUUAUAACUUUGAGGUUUGCCAGCCAAAACCAAGGGCAAAACAGUGGCUUUGGCAAAUAGAUACGUGCUGUGAAUUCGGGGAUGGGUUGCUUACAAAUUCAUGCUUACCUAAUUUGUAACAAGCACCAGUACCAACCUUAUGGCCAUACCACAUUAAAAAACUACUACUGAUCUUCCCCUACAAUUUCUUUUUUUCCUGAAGCAGUUUAAUUCUGAAGGGAUUAAAACCUUUAACCUUCUAGCUGGUGGUAGUGUUAGUCCAUUACAAGCUUUUAAGAACAAUGUUAAUUCACUGCAGUUUAGAAACUUGAUUUAACACAUGGUGGGUCAUCUCUAGAAGUCUGGUGAUCAAUCAUAUGUGCCUGUUCCUGGACCUUGGAGAGUGAUUCCUGUGAUCCCUGCUUCCCGUUUUUUUCUCACAAAACUGGGAAGAGGAUUUGCUCAGAAUGCCCACUCCUGACCUGUAGUGGUGAAUUUUAAAAAUUAAAUGGGGAUUUGAGUGGACCGACUAUGCUGGAAGGUGCUUAAAACAUGGCAGAAUGGCCCCAAAGCCCUCAGAGAACUUCUGGGGUCUUUUCUUCCAAAAUUAAAAUUUUAUGUUGGUUCAUGUUUUUGGUGCUGAGGAGCCUGAUUGUUGCUGCCCACAUUCAAGCUCCCAGGAUGGGUGGGAAUGUGGCACUUAGGCAGGAUGUUGUCCAUCCUUGAUCUUGUCGUAGAUUCCAAGUGCCUUUCUCUCACUCUUGAUUUAUAUAAGAAUUCUGACCCAGAACAUUUGUAGCAAACAGAGGUCAAUUUGAAGAAUGCAAGAUAUAGUUUGCUGUAUUAGCCCAGGGUCCACACAGUCUAUGAUCUGAUUUCAGCGCAGAUCAAUGAGAUGCCUCCAGUGCAGUGACACAGACACAGCAAGAAAAAUCCUUGGCAUUUGGGCCUUUAUAGAAAGAAACGUGUACAUGGAGGUUACAUUUAGCUAUCUUAAAUAGUGGCCGUUGAAAAAGAAGUCCAUCUGAGAUGUUAGUUGCCACCAUGUUUCAUGCUACUGAACUCCAUAAGUUAAUUCCACAUUCUUUUCUUAAUCCUGAGCAUCAGUCAAAUUGCAUUAGCAAGCCCCACGUUUAUAUGAUUGUGAGAGGUGAUUAAUCUAACAACAACAAAAAGGUGGGGGUUUUUUUGUUGCCAUAAAUUGGUCAUGUAUUUCUUUGGCUAUUUUAAUGGUUAUUCUUUUGUAUCUUGGAGAUGGUUGUUAUCCAUGACAGAAUGGGGAAGGAAUCCACUGCCCAAUGUUAGUGUGGAUUCCAGGAAUUUCUCAUUUUUGUUCUCUUGACUCAGUAUU